UGCAUACACAUCCCUUUACUUCUUAAUUAAAUAAUUUAAAGAAUUAUAAAAGGGGAAAAAAAUUAUACAAGUUUGCUGCCAGGAAAUAAACUAAACUAAAACUUAAAGUUGAUUAAAAGUAAGACAUUUGCUAUACUGACUAAAUAUGCUCACAGACACGAUAGAAGGAGAAUUUGAUAUUAAAGAGGAAGAACCAUGGUACGACCAUCAAGAUCUGGAACACGAUCUUCAAUUGGCUGCUGAAUUGGGUAAAAAUUUACUGGAGCGGAACAGAGAGUUAGAACAGGGACUCCAGCAGAUGUCCGCCAUGAACCAGGAACAGCUACAGGAAAUAGAGUAUUUGUCCAAACAGGUGGAUUUGCUGCGGUCAGUGAAUGAUCAGCAUGCUAAAGUCUACGAGCAGCUGGACGUUACAGCACGAGACCUGGAGCAAACAAACCAAAGACUGGUUCUGGAGAACCGUGCGGCCCAGCUCAAAACUGAAGGGCUCACAGAGACUGUGGAAGAGUUGCAGACACAGGUGGAGGAGCUCCAGAGAGACGUUAAAGAGCAGAAGUUGGUUUCUGCUGAACAGACCUGGCCCAGUGCACACUUGGAACCCCCACAACCUUCUUACAAUCAGGGUUUCACAUGCAACAAAAAGCAGUGCCAGUUACACAAGUACUGUUCUUAUGAGCACUCCUUCUCUGCCAGCCAUUCUUCUCUGAAGGAGGAACAGGAGGAGGAGCAACUGGACCUUCUGCGCUCCAUCAAUUCCCUGCAGGCCCAGCUGAGCACAGAGCGUACUCUUAGAGAGGCCGUGGAGCAGGAAGCUGACGCUCUGGCACACGAGCUCAGUGAACUGGAGCCAAAACUGGCACUGCUGGAAAGCUACCAGGACCGCCUGGCCGAGAUGGAGACAGAAGUCGAGGAGCUCCGAAUUCUUUUGCGGUCUAGCACCCAAACCCUCCUGCCAGAAACAGUGCUCCUCUCAUUAGAGGAUGAAGUGGGCGUGGUCAAACAUAGGGUAUGUGGUCUAAAGCGCUGUUGCAGUGAGAGGCAGUUGUGUAGCUUCGUCUGCGAGGAGAGAGGGGCAACAGACAGUGUCAGCGAGAAUGGCCGGGGCUGUUUUCAACACGUGGAGGAGAUGAAGCAUCACAACAUCUCGCUUCUAAAUGAGGUGGAUGCCCAAUACACCGCCCUGCAGGAGAAAUACAACAUGCUACUGCAACAUUGUGAGAGUGGGAUGUUGUCACAGAAACAUAAAGCUGUGCAGACACCAGUCACUAGUUCUGUCCAAACCCACACACAUUCCCAGAGUGCAAGCACACAGGACGAUGCCCAGCUGCCUCAGUAUAAAGCCCUGUUCCAUGAGAUUUUCACCUUUAUUCAAAAGAGCAAAAAGGACCUGGAGGAAAACAGGAUGAAGCCCAGUCAGGUUGAAUAAGGCACAACUCUCGGCACAACUCUCUAGCGUCUACUGGAGAUUUUCCAGGCAUGUGCUAUAGAUGAACCUGGCUUCACUGCCAAAGGGUGUUUAGUCUGUCUGACAGGAAGAAUGAAUUAGUAAGCUGGCUACCUGAACUCGUAGAGACCUUAAAGGUGUCACAACACAAUAACACGCCUGCUUUUAUCAGCACUCGAAUGAAAUGUACAUCUAUACAGUAUAUCCCAUGAUGACUAUUUAGAAAGCACUUUAGUAAAUGUAAGUUGGAAAUGCUUUUAAUGUUGCAAACAAAAAGCUGCUUCUGUAAACUUAAAAGUAAGUAAUAUAAGUGAUUGUAUGUGUGUUAUUACAAUAGGUGAAUGAACUGGUAGAGCAUGGCACCAACAACGCAGAGGUCAUGGGUUUGCUUCCCAAUGAAUGCACAAUCUGAUAAAAAGAGUUGUUGUUUAUAAAAGCAUCUGCUAACUGUAUAACUGUAAAGUGAAUCUCACAAAAACAUGUCCAGGUCAUAUUUUACCCUGAACCCCAUAAAUGAAAAGAAAGUUUGCAUUAAGAGAAGGAAGUAUACUUUUUGUACCUUUAAGAUUUCUAGCCUUUUGCUUCCAGUAAUGGAUAUUCAUAUUUUAUUUUAUUUAUUGUUUGUAAUUCUCAUUCAACCUUUUGUGUUACAGUGAAGACAAUGAAGGGCCCAAUUAUCAUGAAAAUACUGUAAUAUCACAAUUCAAAUCUUAAAUGCACAAAAAUAGACGUGAUUUUCUUUAUUGCAAAUAUAAUUAAUUAUUUUUGUCUUUUGAUUUUGGGGUGAAAUGUGAUGUAAUCCAUCCACAAUCUUGACAUUUACAUUUUUGUCAUAACUGAUCUGUAUGGAAGCCACACUCCAAAAAAAUCCUUGAGCCUAUUUUUAAGAUUUACACAUUUCAUUUUCCUAAAAAAAAAAAAACAUCAAAUUGAAUUGUGUAAUUUUUUUAACAAAAUUAACAUAAUAUAACUUAAAUUGUAUUUAUAGUUUACUAAAUUACAUUUGAUGGAAUUAAACUCAUAAAUCUCAAAAUAAUAAUUAUUAUUUAAAUGCAGAUCCCGACAUG